GCGAAUUGCAGGCGAGGAUUUUGUCUGGCAGGACGCAACGCCAUCGCGAUGCAGCGGCGAUUGGGUGCACUCGAGAAGCUCAAGGCACUCGUGGAUGCCGGUACAUUGAGUCCAAAGGACGCUACCCAUCGCGCUCUUCAGAUGCUGGAGGCCACGCCUCAGCCAGUGCGUCUGCAGGAGCCUCGACUUGUAAAAAUCUCCCAAGAAUUGCUCAACAUGGCUCAGAACGGCUCCGACGUCGCAGGAGGUGCUCUCUCUACCUCCUCGGCACUCCAUGGCCGAUUGAGUCGACUAAUCCAAGAAGAUUCGCGUGUGAAGGAUCAAUUCAAAGGGUCGGACACAGUGCAACUACCUCGCACACUCGAGGCGUCCAAGGCUGCGGCGCUCCGGAAAAUGAAUAAGCUGCAACGUCUCAAGGAAUCCAUCGACAAUGCAUCCAUGCCUCCAUUAGAUGCCGCGCGCCGUGCCAUGCAAACGGUGCACAGUGCUCCCGAUGAUAUCAUCCUCGACCCUCGAGCGUUGCAACUUGUCCACGACAUUAUCCACAGCGUCGACAACCAACGCAUCAAGGACUCGAUGCACCAGCAGCUCGAAGCCCUCAUCUCGUCCUCCGCGCCGCCUUCAUCCCAACCAACCGGGCAAUCCCUCGAUACUUCGUCGCCGCACCCGACGCCAGACAUUCUCAGCGACACGGUCCACUUUGCCAAGUUGUACACCGCUUUUGACCGUAGCCACCACCAAGUCGCGUUUGACUUGCUCGCACAAAUCACGCCAGCCAUGUGGAAACGAACCCCUCACGCGAACCGGAGCCAGCUCGUCAAAGUCUCGAGCAUGGGGAUAGCAUCCGUGAACGACUCCGUGGCGGCGCAACAAUAUUUACAGUUUGUCCUCGGAGUGUUUCGAGCCAAGGGAUUACCGCUGAACUGGAUCAACCAACCCACAGCCUUUACCGCCAUCGCUGCAGCCUCUUUGCAAGUCCACGACUCGUCGACUCUGCUCAUCUUGUACAAGUCGCAGAUCCGUGAGUUCAAGAGGUCGCGGUCGUACUUUGCCCGACGAAACAGCAGUGUGUUGUCGGCGAAACCCCACCCGACUCACAACAAUCCGCACGUAUCUGUUCAAGCCCCGACGUCGGCGCUGUUUGCAGCUGUCGUUGAUACGCUCGGCGCCCUGCACCGUCAGACAGCGCUGCCCGAGAUCAUCCAGACGUUCCCAGGGCCGAUUGCUCAGCCAGGACUGCUGGCAUUGCUGAGAGUGCUGACGCUGCCCACAUCCGCCCCUCACGUGGUCCAGCUGAGCGCUUCAUUUCCCCUGCAGUCGUUCGUUGAAUGCCAGUACCAAGCGCCGCUGCUCCGCGCCAUGCUCAAAGUUGACCUCGUCGUAGAAGCCCUCGACGCAUUGCUCGAAAUGCACACGUUGGGGCGGUCUUCCAUGGCUAAGCGGAUUCCAUCGAGUGUGGAGACUGACAUCUUGGUCGAGUUGUACAAGUUGAAGGCGUUCGACAGAUUCCAUUCGGCCUACGAAGAGCUGUGGGCGAGGGGGUACCAAGUCGGUGUCAUGGAGUUCCGCGCCCUCAGCACUGUCGUGCCCCCUGCCGUGCUGCAAUCGAUGCUCGGGCGGAAGGAGUACCGCCACUGUCUCCACGAAGUCCAACGGCGCGCCAGCCGGCAAGCCCAACGAACGCACGAAGUCGAUAUCGCCACCGGCCUCGAUCUCCGCGCGGCACCAGAGUCUAUGUGUGCCGCGAUGCUGACGCUCCAUCUCAAAGCCCUCGCGCAUCCCGAGGAUGUCAUUGUGUUUGUGUCGGCCGUCAACCAACCCGUGGUCGAAGCUGCAUUGGCAGCCGAAGGGUUGUCUUUUGUGGCUCGGCAUCAUCACCAGCUCGUUGUGCCGGCUCAAUCCAUCCUACAGUUCAUGCAACGAGCUGAAAAACAACGCGUGCGAGACGCCGUGCUCAAGUUUUUGUCCUUACGAGGUCUCGCUGUGUACACGAUCUUGCUAGGAGGGGCCGCCAUCGCGACGACGACGCCUUAAAACUCGACGCCUUCAAUGUACUUGAGCGUGUUGCGGUAGUGGGUCUCCACGUCUGCUCGCUCUGGCCCUGGCUCCAUGUUCUCCAAGUGUUCUUUCACGAGCGCAAUCAGCCCCACCACGUAUUGCUUGGUCACCUGCAUCUUCCUCGUGAGCUCGUCCACCGACAUUUUGACAUGCCUAACCUCGGGGGUGCGACCGAUAAAGUAAUAGAGAUACUACCGCAACAACAG